AUGAGCACAAGAAGAGCAACAAGUGCAGCAAGCUCUCCGCACGUCCCCGCGGAUUCUGCGGCUCGGCGCGGCACCCUCUUCGCCGCGCGGAGAGCGCCCGAGGCGGCGCCCGCGGCGCUGCCUGCAUGGUGGGCCCCCCGGCGCCGACCCGAGAGGCGCGAAGCGGACCCGCGGGAGUCCGUGCUGCUGCCAUGUGACGAUGUUCAGUUGUUUCUCGCGCCGCUGCGUUUCGUGGGCAGGCUAUGCCCACCACUUCCGGCCUCUCGGCCUCCGCCUGGGGUCGAGGCGCGGCCGUGCCGCGGGGCGCAGAGCCGCCGCGGCAGAGGCAGGCUGCUCCCUGCUCUCGCUCUUUCCGACAGCCUUGAUUCGGCGUCUGUCCAUCCCCGAAACAUGCUACAGCGCCGGUUUUAA